UCAAUGGAGCUUGUCAAAGAUCUAAAACAUGGAAGAAGCACAAAGAAAUUGCAGCUAAUGAGUAAGCUCAUGAGUUUAGUGAUAGAAAAACCCACUGAUUCUUCCAACACUCAACCAUAUGGUGUAAGCUCACCCUUUUCUUUGCCACCUUUUGAUUCUUUACCCAAUCCUCCUCCGGGUCUAAGCCCACCGGCAAGCUCGUACGGAACCUUUCCGAGCCCACCCAUAUUCUCGACCACCCCGAGCACACCACAAACAACACCGACAACUUACAACCCAAUCCCAUCGGGAUCUGUAUUCAGCCCACCCUUUUACGAGCCCAGUCCACCUGCCGGUGUCAUGAGCCCACCAUUCUAUUUCCCAUCUCCAAUUGGGUUUAAUCCAAGCCCACCGGUUUUUCUACCACCGAUAGUGUACCCUCCACCGACGGUUCCACCACCUCCCAAUGUGGCUCCGGCAACGGCCUUAUGGUGCGUGGCUAAGCCGUCGGUGCCUGACCCGAUUAUCCAAGAAGCUAUGAACUAUGCAUGUGGAACCGGAGCGGAUUGUGAUUCGAUUCAACCUAAUGGGUCAUGCUUUCACCCGGACACAUUGUAUGCACAUGCUUCAUAUGCUUUUAAUAGCUAUUGGCAAAGAACCAAAUCUGGUGGUGGUGCAUGUGAAUUUGGAGGCACUGCCAUACUUGUCGCAAUUGAUCCAAGCUACGAUGGAUGCCAUUUUGAGUAUCAUUGAUGGGUGAAGAUCGUCUUGACAGCUACAAUACUUUUCUUUUUUCUCAAUCUUGGAUUUCUUUUUUCAAUAAAGAAUGUAAAUUUUCCUUCAUGUUACCAUCACAGAAACAUAAAUUUUGCAAGUAAAAGAAAAAUUACAUGGAAUAGAUUCUCAUAGGUAAAUCCCUUUUGGAAUUAGGUUUUUUCCCUUUUUCACGAGAAUUGUAAAUUGCAUUGCAAAACUC